ACCACAAAGUUGUCUGGAAAGGAGGGCUGGUAAUUGUGCUGUUGUUUGUAAGCUCCUAGAGAGAUUCUUUCCUGCACACAGCAGAGCAUAUAUAAAAAAGAGUGGUGUUGUUUGAAACUUAGAGCAUAUGGAACAUAUUCAGAGGCCACACAACCUCAAGGGAGACUCCAUGGUCUCUGAGGUUUAUGUUGAUUGGAGGGGCAAGCCCUGCAAACCCAGUAGGCACGGUGGCAUGAGAGCUGCUAUUUUUGUACUAGGAAUUCAAGCAUUUGAAAUUAUGGCAAUAGCAGCUGUUGGGAACAAUUUGAUCACAUAUGUGUUCAAUGAGAUGCACUUCCCCCUGUCGAAAUCCGCGAACAUAGUGACCAACUUCAUAGGGACUAUUUUCCUCCUAUCACUUGCUGGUGGCUUCCUCUCUGAUUCUUACCUGGGGAGCUUCUGGACUAUGUUGAUCUUUGGAUUUGUUGAGCUUUCUGGCUUCAUGCUACUGUCAGUUCAAGCACAUCUCCCUCAACUGAGGCCUCCCCAUUGCAACAUGAUGUCCAAAGAAGAACACUGCAUAGAAGCUGAAGGAUUUAAAGCCACCAUAUUUUUUGUUGCACUCUACUUAGUUGCUUUUGGAAGUGGAUGUUUAAAGCCUAAUAUGAUUUCUCACGGCGCCGACCAAUUCAACAAAGAAGAUCCUCAACAAUCAACGAAGCUCUCUACAUACUUCAACACUGCUUAUUUCAGCUUCUGUGUUGGAGAGCUCAUAGCUUUGACUGUUCUCAUCUGGGUGCAAACAAAAGCGGGGAUGGCCGUCGGAUUUGGCGUAUCGGCGGCUGCGAUGGCGCUGGGGCUCAUUAGUUUGAUCUGUGGGGUUCCCUUUUACAGGAACAAGCCUCCUCAGGGGAGCAUUUUUACUCCAAUAGCAAGGGUUUUUGUAGCUGCAAUUACGAAGAGAAAGCAAGUGUGCCCAUCAAACCCGGAAAUGCUCCACCGAGGCCAAAAUGGUGCACCCAACCAUGUAAUCAUCAAUGUUUCCCAACCAGCUUCUAACGUUAGCAAUCUCAGACACACCAAUCGAUUCAGGUUCCUGGACAAGGCGUGCAUCCGGGGGCCGGAGGGGCGGCACACGGAGAGCCCGUGGCGGCUGUGCACGGCGGCGCAGGUGGAGCAGGUGAAGGCGCUGCUGUCGGUGGUGCCGAUCUUCGCGUGCACGAUCGUGUUCAACACGGUGCUGGCGCAGCUGCAGACGUUCUCGGUCCAGCAGGCGGCCGCGAUGCCGACGCCGGCGGCGCUGCCCUUCACCGUGCCCCCGGCCUCCCUGCAGUCCAUCCCCUACCUCCUGCUCCUCCUCCUCGUCCCGCUCUACGAGCUCGCCUUCGUCCCCCUCGCCCGCCGCCUCUCCGCCCGCCCCUCCGGCAUCUCCCCGCUGCAGCGCGUCGGCGUCGGCCUCUUCGCCGUCUCCUUCUCCAUGCUCGCCGCCGCCCUCGUCGAGCGCAGGCGCCGCGCGUCCCCCCGCCUCUCCGUGCUGUGGAUCGCGCCGCAGUUCGUCGUGUUCGGCCUCUCCGAGAUGUUCACCGCGGUGGGACUCAUCGAGUUCUUCUACAAGCAGUCCAUGGCGGGAAUGCAGUCGUUUUUAACGUCCGUGACGUACUGCUCCUACUCCUUCGGCUUCUACUUGAGCUCGGUGCUCGUCUCAUUGGUCAACACGGUCACCUCGGGAUCCACGAAGACAGGGUGGUUGAGUGAUAACGACUUGAACAAGGAUAGGCUAGACCUGUUCUACUGGCUCUUGGCUGGUCUGAGCCUGCUUAACUUUUUCAACUACUUGUUUUGGGCGAGGUGGUAUUCACAAGGCGCUUCGGCUGCUGCUUCACUCGAUCGUGGCCGUGAUACUGCGGAGGAGGAGCUCCAUGUUAUUAGUUCAUCGUCUAAGCAUGUCGAGAUUAGUGGUGAGAAUAUAGUGCUGUGAAACAAAGAGAGAGAGAGAGAGAGAGAGAGAGAGAGAGAAAGGGGGGGCUUAAACUAAUUAUUAUUCUCCUUUUUAACAACCAUUUAUGUUUUUUUUUUUUUUUUUUGGGUUUUAGCUUCUCUGGUUCUAUCUUGACCCUUGUACUAAAGAAUUUAAAUGAAUAGAAAAAAAAAGUAAAG